CUAGAACACAUCCGGCGAUCCGGAGUGAGCGAGUGUGCCGUGUCAAGCGCCGUGCUAAUUUAUUGUAAUAGUGUAAUAUUCGUGUCUGUUUACUCCAUAUUUUUAUUGAGAUGGGCGACGAAGUAAAGAACUUGACUUUAAAAGAAAUAUACUCGUCAGAGAGCUUUGGAAGCGAUGAAACUGGCGAUGGCUCGGAGGGCAAACCCGUUAAAACCAUUUUACAGGCCAUGAGGCUAGCUGGAUCAGAACCCUUUCCCACCAUGUACGUGGAUGGAAAAGAUGGUGAGAAAUGGGUUGUUGUGUCGCAGUCACAGAUAAAAAAAGUGAAAAAAAUCUGGGUUCGGGAACAGUACAAGGCUGCCGACAAAACCAAGAAGGAGGCAGAAGAUGUUGAAAGGAGGGAGAAGAACUUGGAAGAUGCCAAGAAGAUUGUCAUUCAGUUGGAUCCGUCUUUGCCUGCUCCAGUGCAGAUCAAGAUCAGAGACGCAAAAGCCCACCGUAACGAACGUGUCAAGGUGUACGGCUGGGUUCAUCACUUGCGGAGACAAGGGAAAUCGUUGAUUUUUAUAAACCUCAGGGAUGGCUCAGGAUUUCUGCAAUGUGUCCUCAACGAUGUUCUUUGUCACACCUACAAUGCUCUCGUUUUGUCGACGGAGUCAACUGUCUGUAUUUAUGGCACCCUGAAGGAAGUACCCGAAGGCAAAUCGGCUCCAGGUGGCCACGAACUGCAUGCAGACUACUGGGAGCUGGUGGGCGAUGCUCCAGCAGGUGGUAUCGACAACGUGCUAAACGAGGAAUCUCACGUAGACAUCAUGCUGGAUAACAGGCACCUUGCUCUCAGAGGAGAAACGCUGUCACAGAUCAUGUUCGCACGAUCAGCGAUCAUGCAGUGCUUCCGCGACUACUUCUUCAGCAAACACCUCGUCGAAGUGACACCGCCAACGUUGGUGCAGACCCAGGUCGAAGGGGGAUCAACACUAUUUAAGAUGGACUAUUUCGGUGAAGAGGCUUACCUAACUCAGUCAUCUCAACUGUACUUGGAAACUGUGCUUCCAUCCCUAGGCGACGUCUUCUGUGUCGCGCAGUCGUACCGCGCGGAACAGUCGCGGACGAGGCGUCAUGUUGCAGAGUACACUCACAUCGAGGUAGAGUUUGCAUUCCUGACCUUUGAAGAAUUCCUGGAUCGAGUAGAAGAUAUGAUAGUUAGCGUGUGCGAGCGAGUCAUGGAGUCCCCCGCAGGUCCUAUCGUCAGGCACUUUAACCCUGACUUCAAGCCGCCAGAGAGGCCCUUCUUGCGUAUGAAGUACAGUGAUGCAAUUGAGUACCUCAAGAAAAACAACAUUACGAAAGAGGAUGGGACGUUCUACGAAUUCGGAGACGAUAUUCCAGAGAUGCCAGAGCGCAAAAUGACGGACCAGAUCAACAAGCCAAUAUUUCUCUGUUGCUUUCCGAAGGAAAUAAAGUCUUUCUAUAUGCAGAGGUGCAAAGAUGACAACAGCAUCACAGAAUCGGUCGACGUGCUCAUGCCCGGAGUCGGAGAGAUCGUAGGAGGGUCUAUGAGGAUGUGGGACUACGACGAGCUCAUGAAAGGUUACCAGCAACAAGGGAUUGACCCCACAAAGUACUACUGGUAUACGGACCAGCGCCGAUACGGGACAUGUCCCCAUGGCGGAUACGGGUUGGGAUUCGACCGGUUCCUGACAUGGAUCCUCAACCGAUACCACAUUCGAGACGUCUGCCUCUAUCCGCGUUUUGUCGGCAGAUGCACGCCGUGACAGGUUCACACCAAAGAAUAACGGCACGUCCUAUCCGCACACACAAGGGCUUGGUUUCUGCUGCUAUUAAAAUAAAUGUAAACAGGAAGGGUU